UCCUGGGUUAGUCGAAAAGGGGGAGGGGAUGGCAGCGCGAGACUAAGUCGAGCAAUGGACAACUCAACGAACUCAACGUGUGACGAAUGGCCGGAUAAUCCAGGCUACUGCGUUGCUAUUGAGGUUGGACGAACGCUUACAGCCGUUCUCUCUCUUCUUGGAUGUUUGUUUAUGAUACUGAUUAUCUGGCUGUUCAGGAAAUAUCAGUUUUUCGUACAGCGGCUCAUCUUGUGGCUCACCAUUGCAGCAUUUCUUGAUGCAGUUGGAUAUGUUAUAGCAACAGAUCAAGUAGAAAAGAACACUCUCUGUAUUUUCCAAGCCUUUUGGAUUACACUAUUUGAUUGGACUGUCUUGCUAUGGGUCACAUGUCUCACAUUCAACCUCUUCUUGAUCGUUCUAAAGCUGAAGAAGACAGACCACUUGGAAUGGAUUUAUCAUCUUAUCAGUUGGGCAGGCUCGUUGAUUAUUGCAUGCAUACCCUUCUCAAAUGGAAUUGUGUAUGGGCCGGCAAACACUUUGUGUUGGAUCAAAGCUGGAGCGAAUGCAUUUCGUUUUGCCAUCUGGUAUGUCCCUCUCGUGAUCCUCUUGAUUCUCAUGGUUUCUGCAUAUCUCUACAUCGUGUUUAUCAUCAACAGACGGUCGAAGACUUGGUCAGGCAGCUAUGACCCUGAGAUGGAGAGAAAGAUGACAUUAUUGAAGUCGGAUAUUAAAUCGUUGCGGUUUUAUCCAUUGGUGUUCUUGGUGCUCAACGUGUUUCCUCUUAUAAACAGGUGAUCUUUGUCUGCUGACUGUAUAUUGAUUUUUGCAUCCACUUACCUGGUGUGGUGUGGUGUGGUGGUGGUGUGUGUGUGUGUGUGUGUGUGUGUGUGUGU